UGAGUCUUCCCAUUUUUGUUCAUAUGGAAGGUUAGAUACGUUGACCCACUCACCGUUCAAAUUUGAACAAUCUCUUCCAAAACCUCCUCCAUCUUCUAACCUUACUAUUCUCUCUCUAUCCCUCCAAUAUAUACUCAACUUAUUGUAGUCUCAGUGUCCUUAUUAGUCUCAUAUUUCCAAAAGCGUCCACUGUGUCUCUCAUUCUCUUACAUGGCACCACAAAGCCAGACUGAAUCACCCACUAGGAAAUUCAUUAACAGAGGAGCUUGGACUCCCGAGGAAGAUCGAAAGCUUGCUCAAUGCAUUGAAGUCCAUGGAGCUAAGAGGUGGAAGAGUAUUGCUAUUAAAUCAGGUUUAAACAGAUGUGGCAAGAGUUGCAGGCUGAGAUGGCUCAACUAUCUAAGGCCAAACAUCAAGAGAGGCAACAUUUCACUUGAAGAAGAAGAUUUAAUUCUAAGGCUUCACAAACUCCUCGGAAAUAGGUGGUCCUUGAUAGCUGGGAGACUUCCAGGACGAACAGACAAUGAAAUUAAAAACUACUGGAAUUCUCAUUUGUGCAAAAAAGUUAACAGUGAAGAGAAGAAGAAGAAGCCAAACACUUCAACCCCACAAGAAAGCACACCAAGAAAUACUUGGGAUAGUGCUCUUGCGGAGAAUCCUGAGGAAGCCAUUAAUGGAAUUGGAACUGUGAACUCAGAAGUUAGCUUUGAUGUGAAUGAGUUUCUUGAUUUCUCUCCCAAAGAAGGACCCUUUCAUGAGUUGGAUUGGGUGAACAAGUAUCUAGAACUUGAUGAGCUUCCAGGAAGCAGUGGGGAAUUUUGAUCCUAAAAGUUUCAAAAGAAAAUUGUUAUGUACAUUUUGAAAAUAGAGCAGGAAAAUCAAGUGAUCAAGGACGGAUUUAGAAAAAUAAGGAGCUCGGUGAUCAUUUUAGGGUUCAUAAGUGCCUUUCCUUGUUUGAAUUUUACUGAAUAAUUUUCUUUAGGGUCUAAAAGGAUCCCAAUAUGAAGAUUGAUACCUGAAAUUAUGUGUAUGUGAAGAAUCAGUUCUGUAACUGCUAAGCAAAGCUGGCGUUACAAGCUUUGCUAUUUUCUUGUAUGUCAUUAUUUGUAUCUGAACUCGUCA